AGGGCGAGAGCGAGGCGCCGAGGCGGCGCACACACAGACACGGCACGCGCGACGCACGCGGCCUCACGCCGUCACCUGCUCCACUCCGCUCCGCUCCGCUGCCGUCCAGCCGGUCCAGGUCCAUUUAGCGAGGCGGAAAGGGAGGGGGGCGCGAGCCCAGCGGAAGCCCCGACCCCGACCCCGACCGCGACCCGGAAGAGGAGGAGGAGGAGGAGGAGGAGGAGGAGGAGAGAGAGAGAGAGAGAGAGGGAGAGGGAGGGACAGACGGGGCGCGGCGAGGAGGCCGGCGCCGGCGGCCCGCGCUCGCGGCGCCGGCGAUGGGGGAGGUGGCCGCGCUGCGCCAGCUCGUCGGCCAGGUUCAGGAGCUCUGGGACCUCUACGGCGCCAACGCCCACCCCCUGCCCAGGUGGUAUUUACUUGACUUUGAACAUGGUUCAAUCAUGGAUGAUUAUUGUGGAGGAAGGUCUGGAUACAACUCAGAAUUACUGAAGAUCAUGGAAGCUAACCAAUCUCCCCCUCGCAAGCGACCGCGGAGAGAUCGAAACCGUGAAAAGGCACCCUCCUCAAACAAGACUGAAGUAAUGCAACAAGAGAUCUGGAGAGAUUUCCCUGAAGAUCUUUUUGAAACUGUCAUUGCAAGGCUUCCAGUUGCUGCAAUUUUUCGAUUCCGCACUGUCUGCCGAAAGUGGUCUUCUCUUUUGGGCUCAGACAGUUUCUCUCAUCAGUACUCUGAAGCUCCACGUGGGCUGCCAUGGUUCUAUACAAUCACCCAUGAGAACGCGAACAACAAUGUUGCAAUGUAUGAUCCUUCGCUGAAGAAAUGGCACCACCCAUCCGUUCCUCUCACUCCUACAAAGAUAGUUAUUCCAGUGGCAUCUGUGGGUGGCCUUGUAUGUUUAUUGGAUCUGAGCCACAAGAAUUUCUACAUUUGCAACCCUCUUAUGCAAUCACUCAAGGAGAUCCCACCAAGAUCAGUCCAGGGAUGGUCAAGAGUCGCUGUAGGGAUGGUGUUGAAUGGAAGAAGUUCUAGUGAUGGCUACAAAGUUAUGUGGUUUGGAAAUGAUGGGACUUUUGAAGUCUAUGACUCUACAAAGAACAUGUGGUCUUGCCCUGGAACUUUUCCUCCAAGCAUCAAACUUCCACUUGCUCUAAAUUUCAGGUCACAGCCUGUGGCGGUUGGCAGCACGGUAUACUUCAUGUGUGCAGAGCCAGAUGGUGUUUUGUCAUAUGAUGUAAGCACUGGGAUUUGGAGGCAAUUUGCCAUCCCACUGCCACCGCAUCUGACCGACCACACACUUGCCGAGUUCCAGGGAAGGGUUAUGCUGGUGGGUCUGCUGUGCAAAAAUGCAGCGACCUGUGUCUGCAUUUGGGAGUUGCAGAAGAUGACUCUCCUCUGGAAGGAGGUGGACAGAAUGCCAAAUAUCUGGUGCUUAGAGUUCUACGGUAAGCACAUGAAGAUGACAUGCCUGGGCAACAGUGGUUUGCUCAUGCUCUCCUUGAAGGCGAAGCGUAUGAACCGCCUUGUUACAUACAACCUUCUGAAAAGGGAGUGGCAAAAGGUUCCUGAUUGCGUGCUACCAUACAGCCGCAAAAAGCAAUGGAUAGCGUGUGGCACAGCAUUUGAUCCGGUCCCCUGCGCCUUGGCCUGACAUGGAAUUUACCUUCUUUGCCCGAGUACCAUAAUACUAUAGUGAAUUCGUAUCAUUGGCCUAUAUUUUUAGAUCUUUCUAAUGUUAUGAUGAGCUCUGCAAAACCGCGUUCACUGUGGUUUGUUUUCUAUCACGCUGACGCAUUUGAACCGUUUCCUUUGAUCACCUGCUGCUACUUGGGUCACUGCUACAUCAAUUGGGCAAGUCGACCUGAAUAUGUUUCAUUGAAGUAAAAAACGGAACGCCAGGUGUCUGUAUUUGGUCUUGGUUUUGGUAUGUACCGUCAACUUGUAAUCUUUCUGAACUUGCAGUUUCCUGUCCAGAACCGAGUUUAUUAUACAAUAAAGACCGGGAUGUUGACGUUUUGAUUC